UUUCUUUGUGCGCAAUAACUGAGUUCAGCAGAGAGUUAGGAGUGAAUCAGAGGUUGUGCUGAGAGAAGCGCGCACCUGAGCGCACUUAAUAGUCAGAUAGAUGUUUGGAGGAGAUGUCAGCGAAGACCAUCAGUCGUUCAUGCGCUGAGGCUGACCGGACGCGUCGCGCGCACAUUCAUGUCUGUUCACUGCGCUCGAGCGUCAAGGAAUGCGCGAGAGGAGAUGAAACUUUCCUUCAGAGUGACCGAGCGCCUGAAGAUUUUUCCAUCAGAAGAGGGGAAUUAUUGGGCUGUUGUCGAGUUCUACCGUCAGAAGAUUUGUAAAUGAAGAUUACUGCCGUUUUACACCUGGUUGCUGUCGCUGCUUUACUUCACGUCUAUUCUCACGUGUGUGCCAUUCCGCCAGAAUGUGAUCUAGACUUCGUGCUACUCAGAGAGGAGGAAAACUGCUACAACAUCAUCUAUCAAGAGAACCUGACAGAGACCGGGUCCACACACACAGGUUGCAGUGCUUUAUGGGAUGAUCUGAACUGUUGGCCUCAUGCUGAAGUGGGAGAGACUGUGUCGCGCCCGUGCCCCAGUUUCCUUCGGGUCAAAGGAGCUGUGAUGAAAAACUGCACUGAGAAUGGCUGGUCUGAAAUGUUCCCGCCGUACGAGCUCGCCUGCGGCCAUGAGCUCAAUGACAGCUUUCAUAAUCCCAAUGAGUCGGUGCUGGUCUCACACGAGUAUUUCUUUUAUGUGAAGAUCAUGUAUUCUGUGGGAUACGCCAUCUCUCUUGUCUCACUCAGCAUUGCUCUCACAGUGUUGUGUGUGUUCAGGCCUCAUCUUCUCUUUAAAUCUCUCUCCAUCCCAACCCCCUCCAGGAAGCUGCACUGCACUCGUAACUUCAUCCACAUGCAGCUUUUUUUGUCCUUCAUCCUGAGAGCCAUCUUCAUCUUCAUCAGAGAUGCCGCGCUGCAUUACUCACAGGAGUACUACCACUGCAACUCUCAUCCGCCUGGCUGCAAAGUGGCACUGUUCCUGUCUAAUUACUGCAUCCUGGCAAAUUACAGCUGGCUGCUGGUGGAAGGUCAUUAUCUCCACAGCCUCAUUAACCUCUCACUGCGUUCACAGAAGAGGCGCCUGCACUGGUACAUCCUGCUCGGCUGGGGGAUCCCAAUGCUCAUUAUUAUCAGCUGGAGUUUGGCCAAAUACCUGCACCAGGAUGAAGGAUGCUGGGAGACGAGAGAUCAUGGCUGGAUAUGGUGGUUACUGCGCGUUCCAGUCAUCAUUUUCAUCACAGUAAACAUGCUGUUUUUUCUGAGUAUUAUUCGGACAUUAGUGGCAAAACUGAAAGCCCCUGACAUGCAUGGAAAUGAAAUUAAUCAUCACAGGAAGCUGGCGAAAUCGACAUUUCUCUUAGUGUCCCUGUUUGGGCUGCAGUAUGUGCUCUUUGCCUUUUUCCCGGAUCGAGUGAGCGCGCUAACCUUCAAAAUCUGGAAUGUCAUUGAGCUAGCAUUAGCAUCCACACAGGGCUUUAUUGUGGCACUGCUGUACUGCUUUUUGAAUGGAGAGGUACAAUAUGAAGUCCAAAGGCGGUGGAGACGGUGGCGCAUGAAGCAGCGUUUCCACGGUGAUCCCAGGGUGCAUCACGGUUCCCUGAGUAACAGUGGCCUGCCGCUGACACAGGUCUCACUGCUGACACGUCCCAGCACACAGGUCACCUGACCACAGCCAUCUAACGCCGACCUACAGCACAGGCACAAAACUCAUGCCACAGCCCCACUCUCAGAAAAAAGGUCCAGAACUCUAGGGUUCCUGGCUCAAUUUUAAAGAACCCUUUAUGCCAAAAAGGAUCUAAGGAGAAAUGUCCUAAAUGAUUACAUAAUACUUUCAUGUUUAAUGGGUUAUUUCAAUUUUUUCUAGAGAUAAAGUAUGUUUACAAGCUACUUGAUUCAUUUUAAUCAAUUUUAGUAACCCUUAUGUGGCCUUAGAUGGUUUUUUAUUUAAUUAUGUUGGCUACGUUCAUGCAAACAGUGUAAAUUUAGCCAAACGUGUGUAUUUUUAUUGGAACUUUAAUAUUUUACCCUCUUUUCCUUUCAUAAGUCUCUUUUACACUAGGUACACAAAAAAGUUACUCUGAGGACCUUAAAGGACAGAAAUAUCCCCAUUAAAUCCAUUAAAAUGGCAAAAAGAAUAAAAUCAUGCGGUCUUUGUAAACAGGCUUUCAUUUCCACCGGAUGGCGCCAUUUUUCAGGUUUGGCCUAUGGAGCAAAUACUCACUUUUUCAUGUUUUCUGCUUCUGCUGUAUUAUAGAGCCAAUUGAGUGAGUGAGUGUGUGUGUGUGUGUUAGUUUUUUUUUUUUAAUCUGACAAUGUACAGAAGAUAAUAUUGCAUAAAUAUUAAUGCUGUUGCUAAAACUGUAAUAACGGUUCACGGUUAUUACCCCCCCCCCUUUUUAUAAAAACAACAGUGGCAUUAUGUAAACAAAUAGGCAUUUAAAUGGGUUAAAAUCCUGAAAAUGAAUGCAUUUUUGAUAUCAUUUUUGAUCAGGACUGUGGAAAAAAUAUUAAUAUAUAAUAUUUUUAUGAUAGAUGAAUUUAAACCAAAUUAAUUAAUUCAAACUAAUUUCAUAAAAUGAUCCCAUGAUGGGAACCCAUUAAAAGUGUUCUAUAUUAUGAAGCUCCUGACGGAACCUUUAAGGUUCCAUAUAGAACCUUUUCUUCUAAGAGUGGCAAUGGCUGAACCAAUCAGAAAUGCACAGUCCAUUUAAAACUGUCAGGUGACUGACACUCACUGAUAGAAAAGCUAAAACUGUCUGACAAUUUAUGGAAAUGACUGUAUUUAUCCUGUAUAUGCCUGUUCUUUAUGGUGUUGUAGUUGUUAUGAAACAAAUGCCUGUGCUAGUAAAUUAUUAUACAGUAUAUGAGAAAAACAACAAUAUUAGGUAAAGACAGCACAAUAUGUGAUACUAUUUAAAGGGGUCAUGACAUGAGGAAUCACAUUUUCUUUGAACUAUUGACAUACACAGAUCAGGCAUGACAUUAUGACACUGACAGGUGAAGUGAAUAACACUGAUGAUCUCUUCAUCACGGCACCUGUUAGUGGGUGGAUAUAUUAGGCAGCAAGUGAACAUUUUGUCCUCAAAGUUGAUGUUAGAAGCAGGAAAAAUGGGCAAGCAUAAGGAUUUGAGCGACUUUGACAAGGACCAAAAAGGGGACCAACGCAAUAUUAGGAAGGUGGUCAUAAUGUUAUGCCUGAUCAGUGUAUAAGAGCUUGACUUACUAUAUAAAAAUAUAGUAUGUUUUAGACGGUAAAAAUUCCUCACUGCAAAAGAGCGUUCGCCUCUUUCCACAUUGUGAUGUCACACUUUAAUAGUCACUUGUAUCUGACCGGCUCCACAACAACACAUCCACGAGUCACGAGGUGACGGGGUGCUUCUCAUUUCGUAGUUUGUUUCCUCAUUUCCUCACAGUUGAAGAAAUGAGAAGCACCCAGGGAAUGAGAUGCAAUGAUGUUAAUCACAACAGUGACUGUUUACUGGAGUCUAAAAGGAGACAGAGCAGCUUUAUGACACGAGGCUGCAUGGGAAAAGCUUCAUAUUUUAUGAAUAUAUGACUAUUUUGUGUGCAAAAAAACUGUAUUAACUUUAAGUGAACGUAAAGAAACAUUUAAAAAAUCCUUAAAUGUUUUUUUUUUUCUUCAUCCCAUAGUUUGGCUGUGUAAAUAUUGAGAUAAUGAUGCCUUGAACGCCUAAUAUGUGUUGUUCUGAGAGUUAUGAAAUACAUACAAAUGUAAUGACAAGAACGUUCUUUUCAUUAAAUGAAAUGCAGAGAGAUCUCCUCAUGAAUGAGAUGUUUACUGUAAAUAAGAAAGAAUUAAAAAUACUGUAAAAAAAUAUUUCAUUAAAUAUACUAUAAAGACUAUCUGUAAAGAGUCAUCAUUUAUUCACAGAUGAAAAUUGGAGCAGCUAUCAACUGCUGGUCAUUAUUAAUAAUAUUAAUUACAGUAAAUGGAAAAAUAAUCAAUGACAAAAAAUAAUGAUAUACUGAAACAAUCUGCUGUGAAAGAACUAUUUAAGAUUAAAUAAAUAA